AUGUCGUCGUACACCCAGAAGUUUGUUGGCUCUGCCUACCCCGUCAACUCUGUGCUGGAGGCCAAGCCCCCCACUGGUGUGGACCUGUACUCGCGCUUUGCCCUUGCCGGUGCGCUGUGCUGCUCCAUCACCCACGGUGCCAUGACGCCCGUCGAUGUGGUCAAGACCCGUAUCCAGCUUGAGCCCACGGUUUACAACAAGGGUGUUAUUGGCAGCUUCCGUCAGAUCAUUGCCAAGGAGGGUGCCGGUGCUCUGCUCACUGGUUUCGGCCCCACCUUUGCCGGUUACUUCCUGCAGGGUGGUUUCAAGUUCGGCGGUUACGAGCUGUUCAAGAAGCUCAUCGUCGAGAACAUCGGUAUGGAGAAGGCCCAGCAGAACCGCAUGCCCGUCUACCUCGCCGCCUCGGCCCUCGCCGAGUUCUUCGCCGACAUUGCGCUCUGCCCCCUCGAGGCCACCCGUAUCCGUCUCGUCUCGCAGCCCACCUUCGCUAACGGUCUCUUUGGCGGUUUCGCCCGUAUCCUGCGCGAGGAGGGCAUUGGCGGCUUCUACGCUGGUUUCGGCCCCAUCCUCUUCAAGCAAGUGCCCUACAACAUGGCCAAGUUCUCGACCAUGGAGAUCGUCCUCGAGGCUGCUCUCCGUGCCUCGGGCAAGACCAAGAACGACCUCACGCCCUCCGAGACCACCGUCUACAACCUUGGCUCGGGUCUCGCUGCCGGUCUCGCCGCUGCCGUCAUCUCGCAGCCCGCCGACACCCUGCUCUCGAAGAUCAACAAGACCAAGGCUCUCCCUGGCGAGACCACCGUCGGCCGUCUCGUCAAGUUCUCGGGCGAGCUCGGUAUCGUCGGUCUCUUCACCGGUCUCACCACCCGUCUUAUCAUGGUCGGUACCAUCACUGCCCUCCAGUUCGGUAUCUACGGUGAGAUCAAGGCUGCCCUCGGUGCCACCAACUCGACUGAGAUCUCGAAGGCCUAA